AUGUGCACGACGACACGUGCACACAGCCGGCGGCGCGAGAGGGAGGACGUGCUGGUGGAGUUUAAGAAUGCGGAGGAGCAUGAGCGGUGGGGCGAGGAGCUGCAGCGAUGGAGGCGGACGAAUGGUGGGUGUGGGAGGAGAGUGUGGGGCCGGCCUUCGUCGCUGCUAGUGGUGCUGAACCCCGUGGGCGGCAAGGGCGUGGCGCGGGACAUCUACAAGCGGGACGUGGAGCCGCUUCUCAAGGCCGCUGACGUCAAGUACGAGCUCAUCGAGACGCUGCGGUACCGGCACGCGUUUGACAUUGGCAAGGACAUGCGCGUGGGGCAGUACGACGGGGUCGUGUGCAUUGGCGGCGAUGGCAUUCCCGCCGAGGUGCUGAACGGGCUGCUGGCGAGGCCUGACUGGAGAGAAGCCAUCAGGACACCGCUGGGAGUCAUACCAGCAGGCUCGGGCAAUGGCAUGGCUAAGUCGCUGCUACACGCGUCAGGGGAGGAGUGCACGCCACAGAACGCCACACGAGCCGUUAUCCUCGGGCGCAGCACAGCAGUGGACGUGGGCACGGUGUCACAGCCCCAUGCGCUCUUCCACUUCAUUCUCAACGUCAACUGGGCAUUUGUGAGCGAUGUGGACAUAGAGUCGGAGGUGUAUCGCUGGAUGGGGGGCUUCCGCCUCACCUUCUAUUCUAUCAUCCGCAUCAUCAACCUGAGGCGCUACCACGCGCGCCUCUCCUACCUACCUGCCGCGGCCUCCUCCGCCCCCGCAACCCCGGGCGCGCUACAGCCGGAGGAGCGCGAGGGCAGUGUGUACGCGGGCGUGCCGGCUGCGGCUCUAGGGGAUCCGGAUGCGUGGGUGACUGUGGAGGGGGAGUUUGUGCUGCUGUGGUGCCAGAGCACUGCCUGGGCUGCAGAGGCCAUGCACAUUGCGCCGCAGGCGGAGCUAUCAGACGGGUGUUUGGACAUGAUAGUGGUGCGGGAGUGCACGUCCAUGCAGCUGCUGGAGCUCAUGAUGCAAAUGGAGGAGAACAACGGCAAGCACCUCGCCAGCCCGCUGCUGCAAUACAUCAAGGUGCGAGCAUUGAAACUUGAGGCUGGGGGGAGAGUGCGCCAAGAGCCGGGGCGGGGAGGGAUAGUGGCGGUGGAUGGCGAAGUGGUGGCCAGGGGGGUGGGCGCAUUUGGGUUUGAGUCAGGAAAGGACCCCAUGGAUUACGGAGUGCCUUUCCAUGUUACGAUGAACCCUGGCUUCGCCACUCCGUGGGUUUCGUCGUCUGCCUCCACGCAAGGCGCAUUCAGUAGGGAGGAGGAGGACGAGUUAAAGCGCGAGCGCCUCAACGCGGAGCUUCAGCGCUUGCAGCGGCUUCCGCCGACGUCCAUCUACGCGUCGCAUCGCAUCAGAGUGGCGCGCCGCGCGCUUGAGCUGCUUGCCGCUUCGUCCUCGCAGCGUUCCACGGACCAGGAGAGGGAGCUCGAAGCGCUCUUCGCCUCGCUCUCCCUCUAG